AUGGAGGUUACAGAGAGGCUUACGAACAGCGCAACACCACCGCUGCCGGUCCGCAACCCGAACCGUCGAUACUCCCAACGAAAAACCGCAUUUGUCGUUCCAAACAGCUCAGCCAAGCUCGUACCGAAACCACUCUUCAGCAAACGAAGUGGAAUUCCGCCUUUGCAGAUACACAUCGAAGUACAGGAAAUUCUGGACUGGUCUUCACGCUCUUCUUCACAAUCGUCGGGUCCUCCGUCACCGACAAGCUCGUUUCGGUCUUUUGCAUCAUACGCAUCGUCAGUGACCACAGUUUCCGGACCCGGCUCGGUUCGCGAAAGACCAAUAUCACAGGAAUACGCGUUCCCACCACUCGAUAUUUGCAAUUGGGGCAACGAGUGGGAACCCUCACAUGCACCAACAAACCCUCGCUUGCGAAGAACAAAGACGCCUAAGAAGGAGACGCUGAGAGACUUGCGAGCGAAAGGAAGCGACAUGUGUUUGCAGAGGGUAUACGAGCAGCAGCUUGAGCUUUACCUGAACGGUGCCUUGUUCCCGCGGACGAAGUGGAAGGAUGAUUUAGGAUGUGUCGAAGAAGAGUAA